UGACCGUGUGCGGGUCUGACGAGAGUGAACGAAUGAUUUCUUCCACCACCUAACCCCCACCGUCUCUCCCCCUCCCCCCCAAUCUCACAAACCCUAGCCCCCAUGUCAUCGCCGCCGCCGCCGCCGCCGACGGAAAUGGCGGAGGGCGAGGUCGAGAGCCGCGACUGGGCGGAGAUGCCGUCGGACGCGCUCGCGGCGGUGUUCGGGAAGCUGGACGUGACCGACCUCCUGGUCGGGGCCGGGGUGGUGUGCCGCGCGUGGCGCCGGCUCGCGGCGAUCGACCCCACGCUGUGGCGCCGCGUGGAUAUGAGCCACCAGGGAGACAUCAUGGAGGUCGACGAGGCGGUGGCCAUGGCGCGCGCCGCGGUGGACCGAGCCGCCGGCACCAUGGAAGCUUUCUGGGCCGACUCCUUCGUCACCGAUGGCCUCCUCCUCUACAUCUCCGAGAGAGCCUCCUCAUUGAAGAGCCUUCAACUCAGCAUGUGCCUUAAUGUCAGUAAUGAAGGGAUGGCAGAGGCAAUGAAGGGCUUUCCUCGGCUUGAGGAGCUGGAUAUUACAUUCUGUUCUUUGUAUGGUGAUGUGUGUGCAUCCGUUGGCAAAGCUUGCCCAGAGCUCAAAUGCUUCAGGCUGAACGAACGUUAUACUUUACAAAUGGAUUAUGCAGCCCCUGAUAUCAUGGAUGAUGACACUGAAGCAUUAGGGAUUGCAAGCAAUAUGCCCAAGCUCAGAGAGCUUCAGCUGAUUGGCAACAAGCUAACUAAUGAUGGGCUGAUGUCAAUCCUUGACCACUGCCAGCACCUUGAAUCCCUGGACAUACGCCAGUGCUACAGCAUUCAAAUGGAUGAUGCUCUGAAAUCAAAGUGUUCUAGAAUAAGUGAUCUUAAGCUUCCUCAUGACUCGAUCUCUGAUUUCAAGUACCGGGCUUACAUUUUCAGCAGCAGUGCCUUUUCUGGUUCUGAUUUAGAGCUUGAUAUGUAUGAUGAUCUGCUGGAUGUGGUCACUGAUGAUGAUGAUGCUGACUUUGAUGAUAUGGAUGAUUAUGAUGAUGGGGGCUCAGAUGGUGGCAUGUACGAUGAAUUUGAUAUCUGAUGAGAAUUACACUGUGCAUGUGAAAAUCGAGAGCUAGAACAGUUUGGUGCUUCUGUGUGUUGAGAAUAUGGAAUUAGGUCUUCAUAUCAGCGGCAAUGUUUAUCACUUAGCUACAGCAGAUCUGCUGGUGUUUAUAUUCAGUGUUCUUUUCUGGCCUCAUUUUCCAAGAAUCUGUAAUUGAUUAUAUGUUGACUUUGCUACGAGUAGUAGUUUUGCAGACAUGUUCUGAGUAGGAUGCUUGCAAAUGUGAUAAUAUUGCAUUCCUGAGAAGCAAACUUUGCGAUGUGUUCAUCGGGUU